AUGGCGCUGCAUGUCACCGACGAUCCACCUGUGGACCCGGUUAACGUGCCACCACCACCAGUUGUCCAGCUGCCUCUUCCACUGCCAAUCUCUUUGACAAAUCUACCACCUCCAGCUAUUCCUGCACGCCGACGGCCAAUCUUGCAGCGUGUUCUUACGCUCUCGUCCAUCGAGGCUGCAUUCGAUCCCAGGAGCGCAUUUGCCCGACUCACCAAAGUCAGGAGCGUCGACAACCUCAUAGUGCUUGCACAAGAUCCCGCGUUCCAAAGAGAAGCAACCAAGAUUGUAUGGAGACCUAGUGGAGAGAAGAGGAGAAGGUUAGUAAGGUGGGAGGAUGUUGUGAGACAUGCCGCUAGAGGAGCCACGCGGGCAGGAACGCUUGCAUUUUGCAUUCGCGCGGGAGUCAAUCUAGUUCUUAUGUUAUUCAAAGCAUGGCGCACAAAGAAACUGCGCAUACAAAUGGUCAUACAUGCCAUAUUUGGGGAGGACUCUCUCAGGUUCGGAGCCAUGCUCGGUUCAUUCGUUGGAUUAUAUAAGCUCUUCUUAAACGGCCUCCCUCUCCUGCGACAACAAACUCUCGCAACCGCGUCCACCAACGCAACUCCGAAGGAUAUCCCUGGUACUCCGAAUAACGAAGAGGAGGGCAGUGGGCGAAGGUCUCCAGACUGGACAGCUGAGCUGCAUCCAACAAGAUUUGAAACAAUGCUUGCUGGUGCUAUCAGCUCCUUGGGUCUGUUAUUUGAGAAAAAGCAUAGGAGGAUUAUGAUCGCUCAACAAGUUUUCGUUCGUGGUCUUCAGGCCGUUGUACUGGCUCACAAUCUCGUCAUACCCCACGGCGCGGUUCUGACCUUUGGUCUGGCCUGUGGUCAGAUCAUGUAUGCUUUCGUUUUGCGACCGGAAACGAUUCCAAGGGGGUACAACGAGUGGAUCCGGAAUGCGAGCAAGGUAUCCAAAGAAGCCGUGCUCAUCAAUCGUCAUGCGAAGAGAGAGGGGAGGUGGGAUCUGACGUGGAUGAGAACACAAAGGGAUAAGCCGACGACAACACUCGGGAAUAAGAAGCUGAUCAACAUCGAUAUCGCCAAAGCCCUGGAGCAAGGUGACUUUGGUCCGCCAUUUGGGCUGUGCGAGGCUGUCCAUCCAUGGGUUGAUUCAUGCUGGGAUGUCCCACUUGACCGUUUCAUUGAGGUCGCCAAAUGGAUGGCACCUGUGUACACCGCCCUACACCUCAUUCCGGCACUAUUAUUCAGACCGAAGAGAUUCAUGCAACAACCUCUGCUUAGUCUGUUGAAGACAGCUGGCGGUAUUGCCAGAAGUUGCUCUUUCCUCGGUGUCUUCGUCGUGAUCUAUCAAAGUUGGCACUGUCUAAAGCAUCAAUUGUAUCUUCGUCCCGGCACGCCAGAGAUUCUCAAGAAAUUCUUUGCAUCGCGUUUCUCAUUCUGGCUCGGAGGGUUCAUGACAUGUGCCUCACUGUUCAUCGAAAAGAGGAAGCGCCGUGGAGAGCUGGCGAUGUAUGUGUUGCCCAAGGCAUUGGAGAGUGCCUGGGGCAUGUUGAGAAGCCGAAAACUGAUGUUCAGGGUGCCUCGUGGAGACGCAGUUCUAGCCGCUAUUGGGAUGGCUAUGGUCAUGCACGACUCCGCUCAUCUGUCUCGCCUGGUGCGAGGGAUACUCUACCAAUUCAUCGGUCCGAAUUAA